UCAGUUUUCUAAUGAUGCAAUUGUCACAGAUAACAAUAUAAAGUUUGAAGGACACUCCCUUAUCUGUAGGAAUAUGAAGUAAUGGCAAGAGAGGAGUCACGAAGUAAAAAACCAUUUAAGAUAUGGGACAGUUGGCGGAAUAUACGGAAAGGUUUAGUCGUCAGCAACUUGGAAGAAUUGGUCCAUAGGGAGAUAAAUAAACGUGAUCACAACAUUUUCAAGACAAUUUUCACGCUGCAGAACCACCACACAAGUUAUCAAAAAGGAAAAGAAAAACUUGGUAUUCCUAUAAAUGAGAAUGUUGUUCUGGUAUUAGAGUCUGAUGGAACUCAAAUAGAUGAUGGAGAAUAUUUCAAAACUUUAUCAAACAAUACAAUCCUGAUUCUUUUACGAAAUGGCGAGAGUUGGUGUCCAACAGGUGUCGACAUUAUACGAGCUGCAAUCUCAGCUAUUCCAAAAAUAGUUUGUGAAACUAUUCAUGCCCUAGAAUUACAUGAUGAAACACCUACAUGGGAAAUUAUGGAUAAUAAAGGUCGAGUCACAGUGGCAUUACACUGGGAUCAUCGUUCAUCAUCGACAAAUCAAGUUCAGCAGACCAAAAUAUUUGAUAGCGCACAAAACACUAAAUAUUCAUCAUUAAAAAAAUCUAAAUUAUAUUCAUCACAAAAACCAUCAUUAGUAAUUCAAACGAGUCUUGAUAAAUUAAAUUAUGGUACUAAAUUGUCGACUUGUUCUGAGCUUAUCACACCAGUAUCACAUUACAAUAGCCCUCAAAUUACAGUAAUAAAUCACGACGAUAUCAUACAGCGAAAGUACAGUAGUCCAAAUAAUAGUUCCUAUGGGCCUAUUAGUCAACAUGGCCAUCUUUUGAAAAAAAGUACUAGCUCAUUUGAUAGUACCAUUACUCAUAUUCAUACUUCCGAAUGUUUAAAUCACAUUAAUGAACCAAUUAUUAGUAAUGGUAGUCCUGUAAAUAUAACAGAUAAUACUUCGGGGCAAGAAUGUGACUUUCAUUGCUAUGCUCUUCACGAGGAAGGUCGACGUAUCGCUGUGCAUAAAUCUGUGGCUACAUCACCAAUUCAAGAUACAUAUGGAGUUCAACAACAACUGCAAAUUUUAUCAUCGCAACCAGUAAGUUCGCUUUCAGACAAUACUCGCCGCCAAAGUAUAGUCAAAGGUCAUGUAAGAUUUUGUGAUACAACUGAAGAAGAAGAACAACGUGGAAUCUACCCUUUUGAUCAAAUACAUCAAUACCAUACGGAGCAGCAUGAAAGUUCAGAAUCUGAGACAGAAAAUACUAUUAUGGAAGAUGAAAUCGUUACAUCAGAAAAGUUUUUAUUACUUAUUGAUCAGCUAACUGUCGAACAAAAAAAUCAUCUUAGUAUAAAAGAUAUUGGUAUAAUUCUCGAACGACUCAGUUCAAAAAUUCUUGAUGUAGAAAGACUUGAUCGUGAAAAUGAAAGCGAAGAUUGUUAUAAUUGGACAAUUAAAGCUAUUAUUAGAGGCGAUAUGCUACGCGAGCUUGGUGUUAUAUACAAUGGCAAUUACUAUAUUAUUUCUGAACAUCCAGGAUAUAAAGAAGAAUCUGAGGAAAAUAAUGAAGACAAUGAAGACGAUGAAGAGGAAAAUAGAUUAUAAUAUCAAUAUAGAUAACCUGUCAUCCAUUUUGCUACCUUUUAGCUCUUUACCAUCUCUGUAUAUCUUUCAGUCUUGACUUUGGCUGUCUAUAUAUUUCAUUAUAGAAUCAUGGUACAUCUAAAAAUGGUUUGCUUUAUAUAGAGUUUACUAAAUCAAUCAAGGGCAAUUCAGGGGAAAGGAAUUAACUACUAAUAGUAAUUUAACAGAAUGUUAUACUUCCAAGACAUUUUCCACAAUAAAAUACGAUAUUCUAUGUAAAAUUAAAUAUUGAA